GCAGCAGUUGCCAGUCGCAAGACCAGAGGGCCUUUUUUUUCUCAUUCGGUGGGCCCCCACAUGGCCAACCAUUCUCGCUUCCCCAGAUGGAAAAACAUUAGACCUCCUGCUGCCCCCAUCAAAGACUCCUUCUCACUCCAAAUCACUCUCACUGACUCCCUCACUUACCCUCCCGUCCACCACCGUUCUCUCCUUUCUGUUUUUCCUUCUUUUUUAUUUUCUUUUAUUUUCUCUGUAUUUUAUUAUCCAUUAUUCGGGUUUGUUGGUUGGGUUUUCACCUUGUACCUUUUUUAUUUAUUUUUAAUCUCUCUCACUGUUGCCUGUCUUUGCAACUUUAUCUCUCUGUAGCUCACGCUCGCACUCACUUUGCUUUUUCCUCAGAGCCAUUUUUAUGGUCUCCUCCUCUCUCUUCUUCAUCUUUUCACAACGCCAUGGAGAUUUCCUUUCUCCUUUUCUCCCUUCUUCUUCUCAUAGCUUCCUCCUCUGCUCAAAUGCCAGGGUUUGUGAGUUUGGAUUGUGGAGGUGAAGGAGUUUUCACUGAUGAACUGGGUCUGGAGUGGACUCCUGAUCAACUUAAUUAUGGCGAAACAAGCUUUAUAUCUGUUGUGAAUGACAAGAGGAAGCAAUACUCAACAUUGAGACGGACUAGGUACCUUCUAAGAGCGACAUUCUUGUAUGGUAACUUUGACAACAAUAAUGUUUAUCCCAAAUUUGACAUUUCUCUUGGGGCAACCCAUUGGUCUACGAUUGUCAUUUCGGAUGCCACUACCAUAGAGAUGCGAGAGCUAAUAUUUUUGGCUACUAGUCCUACUGCCAGUGUGUGUUUAUCCAAUGCUACGACUGGGCAGCCUUUUAUAUCAACUCUUGAGCUUCGACAAUUCAAUGGUUCGGUGUAUUAUACUGAUUUUGAACAACAGUUCUAUCUCAGUGUCUCUGCCAGGAUUAAUUUUGGUGCAGAUGAUGAAGCUCCAAUCAGGUAUCCUGAUGACCCUUUUGAUAGAAUAUGGUUAUCAGACUCUGUCAAGAAAGCAAAUUUCCUCGUUGACAUUGCUGAUGGAACCAAAAAAGUGUCAACUAAGUUGCCAAUUGAUGUUAAUAAGGAUGAAAGACCACCUGAAAAAGUGAUGCAGACAGCUGUCGUUGGAACAAACGGAUCGCUGACUUACCGACUAAACCUGGAUGGUUUUCCUGGUUUCGGAUGGGCAGUCACCUACUUUGCAGAAAUUGAAGAUUUGGCUCCAGAUGAGUCCAGAAAGUUUAGGCUAGUGCUUCCGGGAAAUCCUGAACUCAGCAAACCUAUUGUUAAUAUCGAAGAAAACGCUCAAGGAAAAUAUCGUCUGUAUGAACCAGGAUAUACAAACUUAUCCCUUCCAUUUGUAUUAUCUUUUAGAUUUGGGAAAACGUCUGAUUCUUCCAAAGGGCCACUCUUGAAUGCAAUGGAGAUAAAUAAGUAUCUGGAAAAGAAUGAUGGUUCUCAAGAUGGAGCUGUUAUUUCUAGUUUUGCUUCACACUAUUCAUCAGCAGACUGGGCACAUGAAGGUGGUGAUCCAUGCCUUCCGGUUCCUUGGUCUUGGGUUGAGUGUAACUCAGAUCCACAACCAAGAGUAGUUAAAAUUAAAUUAUCUAGUAAGAAUUUGACAGGGGAUAUCCCUUCCGACUUAACAAAGUUGAGCGGCUUAAUUGAGUUAUGGCUUGAUGGAAACUCACUGACUGGUCCAAUACCUGAUUUCACUGGAUUUGUAGACUUGAAGAUCAUUCAUCUCGAGAACAAUCAGUUGACGGGUGGACUGCCUUCUUCUUUAACGAACCUACCAAGUUUGAAGGAACUGUAUGUGCAAAAUAAUAUGUUAUCUGGAACAGUGCCGUUGGGUCUUCUCAAUAAAGUGGUUUUGAACUACACUGGAAACGUUAAUCUUCAAAAAGGGAAAACAAGUGGGAGCCGUGUAAACAUUAUUAUUGGUACAUCAGUCGGGGCUGCUGUCUUGGUCAUGGUUACCAUUGUAUCUUGCGUACUUUUGCGCAAAGGAAAGAAGAAAUAUUAUGAUCAAGACCACCAACUUGGGCGUCCUCUGCCUGGGCAAGGCCUACUCUCUUCCAAGAGUGAUUCUGCUCCCACUGAAGCUGCACACUGCUUCUCUUACUCUGAAAUUGAAGAGGCUACUAGAAAUUUUGAGAAGAAAAUAGGUUCUGGAGGUUUUGGAGUUGUUUACUAUGGUAGAAUGAAGGAUGAAAGGGAAAUUGCAGUCAAAGUUCUAACCAGUAAUUCGUACCAGGGAAAACGAGAAUUUUCAAAUGAGGUAACUCUUCUUUCAAGGAUACAUCACAGAAAUCUGGUACAGUUUCUUGGGUAUUGCCAAGAAGAUGGAAGAAGUAUGCUUGUUUACGAGUUCAUGCAUAAUGGAACUCUCAAAGAACAUCUUUAUGGCCCAUUAACACGUGAACAGAGUAUCAAUUGGAUCAAGCGCCUUGAGAUUGCUGAAGAUGCAGCAAAAGGAAUUGAAUACCUUCAUACAGGCUGUGUUCCGGCCAUCAUUCAUCGGGAUUUGAAAAGCAGCAACAUUUUAAUCAACAAUCACAUGAGAGCAAAGGUUUCAGAUUUUGGUCUUUCCAAACUUGCAGUAGAUGGAGCAUCCCAUGUGUCAAGCAUAGUUCGGGGGACUGUAGGGUAUCUGGAUCCCGAGUACUACAUCUCCCAGCAGUUGACAGACAAGAGUGAUGUCUAUAGUUUCGGUGUCAUUCUUCUUGAGCUGAUAUCCGGUCAAGAAGCGAUAUCUAAUGAAAACUUUGGUGUUAAUUGCCGCAACAUAGUCCAAUGGGCAAAGUUACACAUCGAGAGCGGUGACAUUCAAGGCAUCAUCGACCCCUCACUGCAUGGUGAAUAUGACAUCCAGUCAAUGUGGAAGAUAGCAGAGAAAGCCUUAAUGUGUGUUCAAGCACAUGGAUUCAUGAGGCCAUCAAUCUCAGAAGUUCUCAAGGAAAUCCAAGAUGCAAUCUCAAUGGAAAGGGAUGCUGGAGCAGCAAGAGAUGGUACCUCUGACGCAUCAAGGAAUUCAAUUCAUUCUUCCUUGAACUUGGGUUCCAUGGAUCUUGGUGGAACAGAUAACUUCUUGUCAAUUGAUGAGUCUAUCGCACGGCCAACUGCCCGAUAGUGCGAUUUUCUUGGCAAUGUAUAUAUGACAUUAUAAUUUUUUUUUUAAGGAGAGGAUCAAAAUAGGUAUUAUUGUAGUUGCAAAUUUUGAUCUUGCAAAUUAUAUUAGCACAAUGGAUGCUGUAUUGGAUUUUU